CAGAGUUCUGGGUGACGGUUCCUCUGUUGUGACCCCUCCUCAUGUCCAGGCAGGUAAUUGUCUUGUGAGGGGUAGGAUGGAUGAGAGCACUUUUGAGAUGUUUGAAGAAGAGCUUGGGACACCAUUGCAGGAUGUUCAUCCACAAAAACCUCUCAGACAAACUCGCCGGACAGAGAAGUAUACUCAAAGAAGGGUCAGAGAGGAACCUCCAAUCGUUCAGGAGAUACCAAAAGCUGUACCCUGUGAGCCCUCCGUCUCAAGAACCACACCACUACGCAAGACCUUGUCCCUUCAGAAUGUGGCCCAGAUUGAGAUGCCAUGGGAGGGAGUGACACUAAACCGCUGUCUCUUCAUAGCUAUCACCAUACUGGUCCUUACUUCGGGCUGCCAAAAACUGAAUGAGGUUGUACGAGGCCGCAAAGAUGGAACUGAUGUUGAUGGCAUAGGAACUGCGCUUAAUGUGAGACAUACCCUGGUCAAGAAAGGGCGGUUACCACUAUCUCAGCCUGAGACCUCUCUGUGGGACACGUUUUUCUGGUGGGUCAGUGAUGAUAAUGAUGAAGAAGAGGAAGGCAGACGAGGCAGAUCAAGGAAGGUGACUCAAGAGAGAGCUUCCAGGGGCCUCAGACACAAAGCCAUCCCAAACAGAAACCUGUUGAAGAGAAGACAGGAUACAUUUAAAGCACGUCGUGGAAAGGCCAGACAGGACAAAGAAGAGACAAAAGAGAGAGUGAAAGCACAAAGAAUGAAGGAGAAGAGACUCAAACCGAAGAAGCUGGAGAAAGAAGAGUAG